CAGCGGCCCUUCCCGCCCCGACCCGCCGCGCCAGGCCCGGCCGGGACAGAAGGGGCUCCCCGCCUCCGCCGGGGCCGGGGCCCGCGCCCGGGCUGCGCCGGCCUCACUUGCGCGGCGAUGGACUCCGGCACCGAGAACCUCGAGCUCAACGGGCAGGUGGAGGGCGUGGAGCCGGCGGCCGCCGAGCGGCGCAGAACAUCACAGUGGUUUCAAAGAAAUGGACCUAUGAAUAUCAAUCACUAUGCAAAUAAGAAGAGUGCUGCAGAGAGCAUGUUGGACAUUGCCCUACUGAUGGCCAAUGCAUCCCAGCUGAAAGCUGUGAUGGAGCAAGGACCUUCCUUUUCCUUCUACAUCCCACUUAUUAUUCUUAUCAGCCUGUCGCUCACACUGCAAGUUAUGGUGGGGGUGCUCCUGAUAUUCCUUGUAAAAUAUGACCUUAACAACCCUGCAAAACAUGGAAAGCUGGAUUUCCUCAACAACCUUGCAACAGGACUAGUAUUCAUUAUAGUAGUUGUGAAUAUUUUUAUCACUGCCUUUGGAGUGCAGAAGCCAGUUGCUGAGCCAACAUCAAGACACUAAGUACAAGAGACCUGAAGCAUUCAUUCCAGAUGCCAUUUGCACUUGAGCCAGUUACACUUGCACACAGUGGGGGAAAAAAAUCUGAAGAAGCUGGACAUACCAAGCAGCUUUCUCAAGUUUCCAAGAACCAGUGCAUUUGUGUACCUAAAAUUUUCCCAUGUGUUAAUAUUUAAACUGUUUGGCAUCUAAGGAAAGGUUGAUUUUGACCCAGGGACAUUGUUUUUCUGGAAUAUUGGCAUUUCAAUUUCUGUAGAAACUAAUUGUUUCUCAGAGAAGUGGCAUAAGCUCAUCAAACAAGGUCAUAUCAACUGGAGGCACUUUACAGGACUUCCCACUUUCUGUGCCUUUUGCUUGUGUGGCAGUUUGUCAUUUCCACUGUGGUAAGAAAUGGCAGGCCUGCAGUUCUGGCAUGGUAACGGUGUCCUUCAUUUCACUCGCUUGGCACCAAACCUAUGUACCCCGUAGCUCAGCAGAGGUCUUCCUGUGCAGUGUGGAAAUCCAUCUGUGCCUUGGUUUUCUCUUUUUUUUUUCCACUCUAGCUAAAGCAAAGAUGAGACAAGCAGAAACAGCAGGUUAUCUUUUGUCCACUUGUGCUCACAGGUACUCAUUUGUCCUGUUUCUUCAUCUCUGGACCACCCUGAAAAUUUCCCCUCUUUUCUGCACAGACACACAAAUAACCUAGUUGCUUAUAGUUUCUUACUAUUAACUGCUAUGAUCCAUAUUCUGUGCAUUACAUAUAUUUCUGGAAACUGUAUUAGAAGCACUACCUGUUCUAGGCCCAACUGGAAAAAUAGAGACUAUAGGGUGAACUUUACCUGCUAAGCUGGUACUGAGUGCCUGUCAGCAAUUCAAGUAGUAAAUUUAGAGAAGUUUAUCCCUCUAUAACUUACUUUCCCUCUUCUCUUCCCAAGACUGAUUGCUGCAGUUGUGUUAUUCUUAUGAGUUUAUGGCUAAAAGCAUAACUGAUUUUUUAAUUUUUAUUUUUAAAUAUAUACAGAGACAUAUAAAUAUCUUCUAGUUUCUUACCUGCUGGCUCAGGGACUGACACUUUUUCUAAAUACACUAUUGCUAGUAAUGGUGUAGGUUAUAAAAAUUUCUACAAUGGAAACAUUUCAGUAAUUUUAUUUCCAAAGUAUCACAUCUGCAAUCAGAAAAAUCCUAGUUUUCUAGAUUGUGCUUACUUGUAGAUGCAGAUUUGUACUAAUACAUUUCCUUACUCUUAUUUUUUAAAUGUUACCUUGCAAAUAUUAAUAGAAGUUUGACUUUCAAGGGUCUCACCUCAUUUCCAAUUUUUAUUGAUCACAUUUCUCUUCAGUUAUCUCUCAAGGCCCGUUGAUGUACCGUAUCUUCAUUUACAUGUUCUGGAAGAAUUACUAACAGAAAACAAAUCAGAAGCUUUUGUGAUUAGUCAUGGAAUAAACAUUAUUUUUUGAUUUUUAAUUUGUCUUUUGUUGCUACUUAACAUGUAUUUAACCAAUAUCUAGCAAGCAAGGAUUUUAAUUGUAUGUGUUGUACUAAAUUAACGUAGCUCAGAAUAAGUUCUGAAUAAGGUACUCAGGACAUUUUUCCUUAUGUAUUUUUUAUAAACCAGCAAACUGUUGAAGGACUAUUCCUACAUAUUUGUGCUGUUACAGUUUUGAUGCUCUGGUGUAGGGAAUUGGCCAGCCAAAUAGCAGUGCUGAAAAUGUUAAAAAAAAACCCAAACCUUUCUUUUGGAGAAAAUAGGUAACUGUAGGCACAGUCCUUCCAAACUUAUCUGUGGCUUAACAUCGGGCAGUAAUUUUGAUAAGAUUCUUGACUGUACCACCUUUGUUACCUUUCACCUUUUUACUCACUGGAGUAUUUUCCCAUCUGUGCCUCUCAUUCAGUCUGGAGCGGCUCUCUGGAUGCAGCUACCUCUGUUCUGUACAGGAAACUUUGCACCUAAGUUAGAUAUCUGAAGUAGUUGCUUUGUGUUGUCCUAAAACCAUUACCCAUCCAAAAGAUAGUUACUUUUAACUUAGAUAUGAAUAUUAGGUAUUUUUCAUUGCCAGAUUUUCAUCUUUCUGCUUUUAAGCAAGGCACAAAAAUAGGAAGAAAAUGUGUUUCUGGACCUAGCUAAUCCUCACACUUCUUGACUUGUCCAUACUACCCUAAAGGCAGAUGCAAACAGAUGCUCAGGCUCUACUGAUGCUUACAUAUAUAUACUUGGUGGUGAUUUGGCCCAAUUUGGAAUGUAGUUUUCCAUUCCUGUGCCACUUACUGCCAUGGCCCCUUCUUAUGAGCAUGAGCAUGUUUGUCUUAACUGAACCACUUGAAAGGAGGGCUGAGGGUGGCUGCAGUACAGAUGUACCAAGUCUUUUCCCAUUUUAUUCCGCUCAUUAUUGGAUCAUAAAUUUUCAGGUCACUCAAGCAAACAAGCUGUUACAGUAGGUUUCUUCUGAAAAAGGUAAUAGCUCUUCUUACAGCAUCUUCGCUGAUAAGCUGUUGUCCAACAGAAACUACCAAGACUCCCAGUGGCUUGUGGAACUGACUGGCUGCAGAGCAGUAGGGUAGUGGACGCUCACCAGGCAGUGACUUGUCAACGGCAGAUUCCGAUGGACUUUGCAAGGCACAGGUUUGGGGACGUCCAGGAGAGAAAGGAAAAGUACUUCAAGCUCGAACACAUUGUUGGGUGCCAAGAGCUGGAUGUGGAGAUCUGCGUUAGGGGAGGAGGUGUCUGCUCACUUCAAGUCUGCCAUAUCCAGGCUCAGAACAACAACAAAAAUCCCCCUACGAAUCCUUCUGCCUCCCGAGCUCCUGACAGCGUGACUGCAACAUCGCAAAAGAGAUACGUGCAACUUCAAAGAGCCUGGUCUCUUUUGGUUCUAAACACACGAAAAUCUGAACUGAAAGCAUCCAUCUGACUACAAGACUGUACUGGGCAUCAGCAGUAUUCAACUUGUAACUGAAUGUCUCUUUUUUAAAUAAAAAGGAUGCUGGUUUA